UGUCGCGUGGUCAGAGUGCCCCCUGCUGGUGCUAAAGCGCGUCACAGUGCAAACGAAGCCCUGGCAGCAGACCUGUCGUUCACAAACCGCCUCCUUCACCGAGUUUCUUUUAUCUGUUCAGGGCAGCGACACCAGGAAACUAUUUGCCACAAAUGUGAAGAUGGUUACUACCAAUUGGGCCCAGCGUGUCACCGGUUCUGUCCGGAUGGGACGUAUAACGCAGAUGACGACAUGGUGUGUUCCCCGUGUGAAGACAAGCGGUGUGUGACGUGUGACCAGAACCAGUGCUACUGGUGCCAAGGCGGAUUCUACACCUUCGAUGGACAGUGUGUGGAUCACUGUAAGGAAGGUUUCUUCGUGGACGUGGAGAGCCAGGAAUGCGAGCCCUGUCACCGUGACUGUCGGACCUGUGGGGGGCCCGGGUUUGACGACUGUGACUCCUGCGAGGACGGAUUCAAACUGGAGAAGGGCGCGUGUUUGGACCAGCUGCCCGCGUGCCCCGAGGGCCGCUUCAGCAACGGCAAAGGCGAAUGUGAGCAGUGCCACUCGCUGUGCCGGACAUGCUCUGCUGCAGGCAGGGAGAACUGCACCAGCUGCUCCUCAGGCCGGUUCCUGACUCCUCGACAGACCUGCGCGCUCCGCUGUCCGUCCGGCACCUUCGCAAACGAAACAUCCCGCCGCUGCGACGAAUGCGCGGCGGGCUGCGUGGGCUGCCGGGACGCACGGCUGUGCCAGCACUGCCGCCGUGGACUUCACCUGCAGGACGGCGCGUGCGUGGUGCAGUGUGACAGGGGGGUCCCCGAGGGUGGCGCGUGCCAGCCCUGCGCGGCGCGAUGCGCGUCCUGCGAGGGGAAUUCCUCCCACUGUCUGAGCUGCGAGGGAGCGCACCUGCUCCUGGACCACACCUGCCAGUCGCAGUGUCCGGGGGGUUAUUACGCCGCAGAGGCAGAGUGCCGUCGGUGUCCCGCUCACUGCAGCGAGUGCAACGAGGACGGCGCGUGUAAAAGAUGCGCUGAGUACUACUUCCUCUUUGCGGAGAAGUGUGUCGAUGACUGUCCGGAAGGCCACUACGCCGAGAAGGACCAGUGCGUGCGUUGCCAUGCCGACUGCGCCUCCUGUGACGGGCCUGGUAUGGACGACUGCGCCGCGUGCCGCAACCCGAAGGCGGUGCGUUACGACGGCGAGUGUCUGGCCGAGUGUCCCACCAGCACCUACUACGACGAGGCGACAAACGAGUGCAGAGACUGUGACCGGUCGUGUUUGACCUGCUCCGGCCACGAGCCGUCGUCCUGCCUCACGUGCGGCGCCAACAGGACCACGGACGCCAGCGGGCACUGCGUGUGGUUCGCCCACUGCCCGCUGCACUCGUACGUGGACGGGGACGGCCGGUGCCGGGAGUGUCACGAGCGGUGCCACCGCUGCUUCGGGCCGACGGAGAACCAGUGCUUCAGCUGCGACGAGCCUCGCUUCCUGCUGAACAGCACGUGCGUGCGGGAGUGUCCCGCGGGCUUCUACGCCGAGCUCGAGGACGGGCGCGCGUGCGAGCGCUGCCACUUCAGCUGCGAGUCGUGCGCCGGCCGCCACAGCCUGCAGUGCGUCGCCUGCAAACGCGGAUUCUUCAAGCAGGGAAGCAGCUGCGUGGAAACCUGCGCAGAAAGUUACUUCGGCAACACCACCUCCAUGGCGUGCGCGCGCUGCGACCCCUCGUGCAGCCAGUGUUGGGGUCCUGGCGACGGGAACUGCCUGCGCUGUCGCGACAGCCACGUGUACCUGAGGCAGGAGGGCCGCUGCCUGCACCGCUGCCCCCCCAGCUACUACCAAGACCGGUCCAAGACCUGCCACAGGUGUCACCCCACCUGCAAGACCUGCAGCGGUGAGGGGGCUGUGAGCUGUCAGUCCUGUUACCAUGGCUACAGGUUCCUGGGUGGCAUCUGUGAAUCCCAGUGCGUCGUCGGCUUCUACGCCGUAGAGCAGGCCCCGGAGCCGGACUGCACGGCGUGCGACCCGUCCUGCCUGGACUGCCGAGGCCCGAGCAUGUGGAACUGCACGGUCUGUCCCGCGGCGCAGCUGCUGUCUGCAGACGGCCGCUGCCUGAGCUGCUGCGGAAACGGGUCGCGGCGAGGCCACGAGCCGAUACCCAGGGAGUGCUGCGACUGCCAGGCCUCGGAAGAGGAGUGCAUCCUGGGCGUCAACUUCGUGAUUAGAGAUGCCAAGGAUUUAGAAAGCAACACCAGCAAACUGUUUGUGACCGCCUGCGUUCUCCUCAUCCUCUCUGUGGGCGGAGGGCUCUUCCUCUUUCUCUCUGCCCGAAGCAGAACUCAGGCCCCGGCGCCCAAAGUCAAAGCAGGGGGCUACGAGCAGCUGAAGACCAACGGAGGCGUCGGCUCCGACACGCACGCCUCUUCGUUCGGGGAGUACAGCGACCGAAUCAUUGAACGUGAGGAGGAGGAGGAGGACGACGAAGACGACAUCGUGUACAUGGGACAAGACGGGACAGUGUAUCGGAAGUUUAAGUACGGACUGUUGGAUGACGACGAGAUCGAGCUGGAGUAUGAUGACGAGAGCUAUACAUAUAGAUGAGAGGAAAGCAGCUGCGGAGCCUCAGACCCAGAUCCUUUUUAUUUAAUCUUUUCUUAGCUGGGUCUGUUCACAUCGAAUUAGCGAAUUUUGCAGGUUGAAUUUUGACACUUGGAACUUUGACAUCUCUGGUGAGUCUUUUAUCAGUUUGGUUAAUAUUAAACCAUCUCAUACCUGCUACAGUAAUAAUAGUAGUGUAAUUGAUUAAUGACUGAGCUUGGUCCAGUCCAUUUUGUUUUGCUGUGGCACAGAAAUGUAAAUGUUUCCAUGCGCUUACUUUUUUCUAAAAUACAUCAUUUAAUUUGAAGAUCUUUUGUUUGCAAGAAAUCUGCUGCUUUGUGGUUCAUGUUAAAUGAACACAAACAUUUUAUUUUAAUGCAAAUGUUAGUUGAGAAUUGAUUUUUAAGCUCUUGUUAAACCACUGUAUUUUAUUGUAUUCCUGCUACAGCUGUUAAAUGACUGAAGACUGAAUCAUUGUUUUUUCUGUAUGUUUGAAGUGAGAUGUUCUGUAAACGAUUGUCAUAAAAAAGUUUAAUUUGU